AACAAUCAUCAACAAUGUCAGAGAGUUAGAAUGAAAAUGUAGCAGAUCAACUUAAAAUUUGGUUGCAUCACAAAUUUGACUGGUUUUCUCAGUAUGCAUUACACAACACAAUUAAAACUAAAAAAAUGAGAUUAAAACUUAUUUCUAAGUCAGGCAUAGCAAAGCUACGCAGAUAUGUCAAACAUGUUUUCAUUCUUACAUACUUUUCUUUGGUUAUUUUCGCUAUCUUCAACUAUAAAAGUCACUGCAUAGAAACAAUGCCUAAUACACUUAUCGAAAUGUCCAAAUUAGACCAUUCUGUGGAAGGACGUUGCACAUUAGAUUUCAACAAAUUGGGUGAUGCUAACGUUGACAUUUUCGUCAAACCCACCGAGGAAAGUAUAAGGGCAGCCAACCCUGAAGUCAGAUCAGGUGGGGCAUGGAAACCUUCAGACUGCCGUUCGUGGCAACGGGUAGCAAUAAUCAUCCCAUAUCGAGAUCGCUACCACCACCUGCUCGUGCUCCUGAAUCGUUUACAUCCAAUGCUACAAAUUCAAAAGAUUGACUAUAGAAUAUUUGUCAUAGAGCAGGAUGGGAAGGACAAAUUCAACAGAGGCAAACUGAUGAAUGUGGGUUUCAGGGAGGCUUUGCGUUUUGGAGAGUUUGAUUGCAUGGUUUUCCAAGAUGUAGAUCUACUACCAGAGGACGACAGAAACCUUUACUUGUGUGAUGAUUAUGCCAGACAUCUAGCUGCUGCUAUUGAUGAAAUGAGAUACCAUGUCAUGUACUAUAAUUAUGCCGGAGGAGUAAUAGCCAUGAACAAACAUAACUUCAGAAAAAUUAAUGGUUACUCUAACUCCUACUGGGGUUGGGGAAAUGAAGAUGACGACUUUUCGGCAAGAAUUCAAGAAUCAGGAUUAUUACUAACUAGGCCUCCACCUCACAUAGGCAGGUUCAAGAUGGUACGUCAUACUAAAGAAAUGAGAUCUGAACAUGGAUAUGAAAUGUUUUUGGGCUGGAGAACCAGGUGGCCCCAGGAUGGUUUGAAUGACCCGCUGGGAAUGAACUACACUGUGGUAGACAUGAUCCAAGCACCGCUGUAUACCAAGGUGGUUGUAGACAUUGGCAAGCCCCCAGACAGCAUGGAUAUCUAUAUGAAGGAUCAUUCUAAAGAUGUCUCCAUUUGGUGGUUUUUAAAGUAUUACUACCCCUAAGCUGCGAAUGAGACCUUCCAGCCCACUGUGAUUUCAACUACUCACUACAAGAUUAUAUAUAUUAGUCAUCUAAUUUUUUUUUCUUUUAGAUUUAUGUAUAUAAGAACAAAGAUAUUUGCAUUUGAUAUUUACAUUUGAUGGAUAUUACUUGAACAAUUCUUUAUGCAUAUAUUCCAUUGACUUUUGAUGGUGCCAUUUUUUUUUUUAAGCACCUUUUUUUUUUUUUUUUUAAAAGUCAUUAUCAGCAUUUGUAUUGGUGUUUGUGAUCUUCCAUGUCUUAUACUGUCAUUGCAUUUAACUGAAACCUUUUUUUGUGUAAGAGACUUGUUGUUGGCAUUUAAUUGGUCAUAUUUAAUUGAUCAUACUAAUGCUGUAAUCAAAAUAUCACCCUUAAACUCUAGUUUAUAACUUUUUUUUUAUUGAUGAUGUUUUCUGGAUAUAUAUAUAUAUAUAUAU